CACCACUCCUCUCCUGGAUUCCACCCUUCAAUCCCUAACCUCAAUUACAAGUACUUCACAACAUUAAAGCCAAGCUCAUAUCUGCAAAACUAAGCCUCCCAGCUGUUUACUAUCCCCUAAACCAGCUGUCUUUUUCCGUCUUUUCAUUCUUACGAUCUUGGAUACAUUGGUCAUUUACAUCCAUACUAAACGACAAAUAUAAUACUUGCAACUUGUUCGUACUUGGAGUAUCAAACCUCCAAAAAAGGACGGAGGAGCACCUGAAACGUAAUUUAAAUAACACAUACAUUGAUUUAUUGUCCUUUGUUUUAUAUUUAUAAUUUUUUAUUUAUACAGAUGAGAGUGAGUGAGGGGGUCUGAGUCUUAGAGAGUGGUAUACGCGCUCUUAUCGAAGCUCUGCAACUUCUUCUUCUUCUUCUUCUUCAAUCUUCAGACAUGGUUAUCCCUUCUCCAGUAAGGCCUCCAAGGAUCACACAAUUUCUAAAACCCUACGUUCCGAGGAUGCAUUUUACUAAUAAGUAUGUGAGUGCCCAGGUGAUCCACACGCCAACUGCUACCGUGGCCUCUUCUGCUAGCUCACAGGAGAAAGCAUUGAGAUCAAGCUUGGAAAUUAAGCGUGAUGUGGCCGCGGCUGCAAAGAUCGGAAAGUUACUAGCCGAACGCCUCUUGCUUAAGGACAUUGCUGCUGUUUCUGUUCAUUUGAAGAGAGAACAGAAGUAUCAUGGGAAGGUUAAGGCAGUUAUUGAUUCUCUCAGGGAUGCUGGCGUUAUGCUUCUUUGAGUUUAAGGUGGUUGUGUGUGUUUUAGUUGUACCCGAGUGAGUGACAUCAUCCUUGUUGGAACUUGUCUUUAAGGAGAAAAGAAAGAUGGUUGGAAAUUUCUGGUACUUUUGUAUUAUUUUAGUAGAAAAUAAUAACUAAAAAGUUAAACCAAUGUAAUAUCUUUUUAUUUUGGUAGUACCCUCA